AUGGAUGCAAUGGAGGCUGUGAAGAGGCAAUUGCUGGAGCGAGCACAGGGGCAGUUGAUGGAGCUGCUGGAUCAAACCAGGAGGGAAGCCAUACAGUCCUACCCGACACAAGACAGACCCGUGUCCUCCACUCCCUCUGACUCAAAGAGCAAGACCUUGAAUACUGUCCCCCUUGGGAAACAGAAAGUUUUCAUCAUCUGAAAAUCCCUGAUUGAUGAGCUGAUGGAGGUGCAGCAUUUCUGUACCAUCUACCACAUCUUCGCUGCUGGCCUGUGUGUCUUCAUCAUCAGCACCGUGGCCACUGACUUCAUUGAUGAGGGCAGGCUGGUGCUAGAGUUUGAUGUACUGUGCCUGGUAAUGUGGAUCCCCAUGUUCUUGUCCCUUCUGUUGGUGCCCUACCAGGCCCUGUGGCUAUGGGCAAGGCCCAAGACUAGGGGCUCCUGGACGGGGGUGAGCCUGGGCUGUGUGCUGCUGGCUGCUGCUUCAAUGCUCUGCAUCCUGCUGAUCCACGUGGUCCUGAAGCAGGAGCUGCUGCCAGCUUCCCGCUGCGUGCUGGUCUUUUCUCAGGUCAGGCUCCUGAUGAAAAGCUACUCCUUCCUGAGAGAGACCAUGCCUGGGACCCUUCGUGUCAGAGGAGGAGAGGGGGUCUGGGCCCCUAGUUUGUCCAGUUACCUCUAUUUCCUUUGCCCCACACUCAUCUAUCGGGAGACUUACCCCAGCAUCAGGUGGAAUUAUGUGGCCAAGAAUUUUUCCCAGGCCCUGUGCUGUGUGCUUUAUGCCUGCUUCAUUCUGGGUCACCUCUGUGUUCCUGUCUUUGCCAACAUGAGCAGGGAGCCCUUCAGCCCCCGUGCCCUGGUGCUUUUUGUUCUGCACGGCACGUUGCCAGGCAUCUUCAUGCUGCUGCUCAUCUUCUUCACUUUCCUGCACAGCUGGCUCAAUGCCUUCACUGAGAUGCUACAGUUUGGAGACCAGAUGUUCUACGGAGAGUGUUGGACUUCAACGUCCUUUUCCAACUACUACCACACGUGGAAUGUGGUGGUCCACGGCCGGCUGUAUAGCUACUGUAUCAGGACGGCUUUCCUUGGUGGCCAGGCCCGAGAGGCAGACAUGAUAGGUGCGUUUCUGGUCUCUGCUGUGGUGUACAUCUUCUGCUUUGUCCUGGGGUUCUAUCCCAUGCUGAUGCUGUUCCUUGUCUGUGGGGUGCUGCUGAACUUCACAAUGAAUGACCACCACACAGGCCCCACAUGGAACGUGCUGAUGUGGACCUUGCUUUUCCUGGGCCAGGGCAUCCAGGUCAGCCUGUACUGCCAGGAGUGGUAUGCACGGCGGCACUGUCUUCUGCCUCAGAAACUGCCCUCACCACUGCUGCAUCAAGAGUUUCAAAGCAGGGUCAGAGUUAGUGUCUGGCCUGGAGGGAUGGGCUCCCCCACUUUGGAUAUACAACAUGGGUCACCAGAAGCAUUCUCCUUCACAUUCCACCCUUCACUGGCACAGACAACCUUCUGGGACCUGGUGACACCUUGGUCUUGGUCCUGCCAUCCCUAGAGGUCAGGACAACUGCACUGCACAGAUGACAGACCAAGCUCUUCUCUGCCUGCCCAGCAUGGGGCUGGAGUUCUACUCAGUACCGCCAGACCUGCUCUGAGUCGAGGGCCUACAUGCAGCACUCCACCUGCACCCAUGGGGACUCUGGUCUAGACACAUAUGGAAGGUUAAGCACAGGUCAGCAUGAAGUGACUCUCAGCGCAUCUCCACAGAUUGGGUAGAGGUCACCCUCCCUCCCAGCUCAUGGCUGUGUAUACUUGGGGAGAUUUGUGGGGCCAUAAAGUUGUAGUGAACAGGGACACUCAGAGGAAUAGGGGCCACCAAGGCUCAAGAAGUGUUUGUUUCUUAACUUUGUA